UCUUCAUAAAGCCUCUGCCUUAACUCCUUCCUUGCAGUUCACGCCAAGCGCCUGUGCUCUCUCUCUCUCUCUCUCUCUCUCUCUCUCUCUCUCUCUCUCCCGAAGAUGGCAGUGGAGCCAAGCUCAUCUUCUGCUUCUCAACCAUAGCCUCUAUUUGCUUUUCCAUUUCUCUACUUCUGUUGUAGUGAGUGUUGGUUCGAGUUCUUGAUGAUGGAGGAAGUAGGGAAGGAGACAAAUAGAAAGGAGCCUGUGAGUCUCGAGUGUUUGAUAAUUGUGGUGUUUUUGCUUCUGCUCUGUCCUCUAGCUUCGCCGCACAACGAUGAAGGAAAAGCCUUGAUGUCGAUAAAGGCAUCAUUUAGCAAUGUAGUUAACGUGCUUCUCGACUGGGACAAUGUGCACGGAGAUUUCUGUUCUUGGCGCGGCGUUUUCUGUGACAAUGUCAGCUCUGUGGUUUCUCUAAAUUUGUCAAAUUUGAACCUGGGUGGGGAAAUAUCUCCUGCCAUAGGAGACUUGAGGGAGUUGCAAUCCAUAGACUUUCAGGGAAACAAGUUAACGGGUCAAAUCCCAGAUGAGAUUGGCAACUGUGCUUCUCUGUUUCAUCUGGAUUUGUCCGACAAUUUACUCUAUGGAGAUAUCCCCUUUUCUAUAUCUAAGCUGAAGCAACUCGAGUUCUUGAAUCUGAAGAACAAUAAACUUACUGGUCCUAUCCCGGCAACCUUAACCCAGAUACCUAACCUGAAAACUCUCGACCUUGCUCGGAACCAGCUCGUUGGUGAGAUACCGAGAUUACUAUACUGGAACGAAGUAUUGCAGUACCUUGGGCUACGUGGGAAUUUAUUGACCGGAACAUUGUCCCAGGACAUGUGUCAGUUGACUGGUUUGUGGUAUUUUGAUGUGAGAGGCAAUAACCUCACUGGCACAAUCCCUGAUAGCAUUGGCAACUGUACAAGCUUUGAGAUAUUGGACCUAUCGUACAAUCAGAUCACAGGGGAGAUACCAUAUAAUAUAGGCUUCUUGCAAGUAGCUACUCUGUCACUUCAAGGAAAUAAGCUAACGGGGAAGAUUCCUGAAGUGAUUGGUUUAAUGCAGGCCCUUGCUGUUUUGGACUUGAGUGAGAAUGAGCUAGUUGGGCCAAUCCCACCAAUACUGGGCAAUCUAUCAUACACUGGGAAACUGUACCUCUAUGGUAACAAGCUUACUGGAUCAAUCCCGCCAGAACUUGGCAAUAUGUCAAAACUCAGCUAUUUGCAAUUAAAUGACAACCAACUUGUUGGCGGCAUUCCACCUGAACUUGGGAAGCUUGGGCAGUUGUUUGAAUUGAAUCUAGGUAACAAUGACCUUGAAGGGCCCAUUCCAGAUAACAUCAGCUCCUGCACUGCUUUGAACCAAUUCAAUGUGCAUGGUAAUCGCUUAAGCGGAACUGUCCCCUUGGGCUUCAGGAAUCUGGAAAGUUUGACUUACCUAAAUCUUUCGUCGAACCAUUUCAAAGGCAGGAUUCCUAUGGAGCUUGGACAUAUCAUCAACCUUGACACAUUGGAUCUAUCUGGAAAUAGCUUCUCUGGACCUGUUCCAGCUUCUGUUGGUGACUUGGAGCACCUUCUUACCUUGAAUUUAAGCAGGAAUCAUCUUAAUGGGCUGUUGCCAACUGAAUUUGGGAAUCUUAGAAGUAUACAGAUUAUUGAUAUGUCAUUCAACAAUGUCACUGGUAGCAUUCCUGCGGAAUUGGGUCAGUUACAAAACAUUGUUUCUCUGAUCCUGAAUAACAACAACUUGCAGGGGGACAUCCCUGAUCAACUUACCAAUUGUUUCAGUCUUGCAAAUCUGAAUCUUUCAUACAACAACUUAUCAGGGGUUGUACCUCCUAUCAGAAACUUCUCAAGGUUUCCACCACAAAGCUUCAUUGGAAAUCCAUUGUUGUGUUGCAACUGGUUGGGAUCUAUUUGUGGCCAUUAUGAACCUAAGUCAAGGGCAAUAUUUUCCAGAGCUGCUGUCAUCUGCAUGAUAUUGGGCUUCAUCACUUUAUUGUCCAUGGUUAUAGUUGCAAUUUACAAAUCUAACCAGCGGAAGCAAAUGAUAAAGGGAUCACACAAAAAUAUACAAGGACCACCCAAACUUGUGGUUCUUCACAUGGACAUGGCUAUUCACACCUUUGACGACAUAAUGAGAAACACUGAGAAUUUGAGUGAGAAAUAUAUCAUUGGCUAUGGUGCAUCAAGCACUGUAUACAAGUGUUUACUGAAAAAUUCCCGACCAAUUGCAAUUAAGAGACUCUACAAUCAGUGUCCAUACAACUUGCGAGAAUUUGAAACUGAACUCGAGACAAUUGGCAGCAUAAGACAUAGAAACAUUGUCAGUUUGCAUGGUUAUACUCUAUCUCCAUAUGGAAACCUUCUUUUCUAUGACUACAUGGAGAAUGGUUCUUUGUGGGAUCUCCUUCAUGGACCAUCCAAAAAGGUAAAGCUGGACUGGGAAACACGCUUGAAGAUAGCAGUUGGAGCUGCUCAAGGACUUGCAUAUCUUCACCAUGAUUGUAGUCCACGAAUUAUCCACAGGGACGUGAAGUCUUCAAAUAUCUUACUGGAUGAAAAUUUUGAGGCUCAUCUAUCUGAUUUUGGAAUUGCAAAAUGCAUUCCAACUGCAAAAACUUAUGCUUCAACUUAUGUUCUAGGAACGAUUGGCUACAUUGACCCAGAAUAUGCCCGCACAUCUCGAAUAAAUGAAAAGUCGGAUGUUUAUAGCUUUGGCAUCGUUCUUUUGGAACUUCUUACUGGGAAGAAAGCUGUGGAUAAUGAGUCUAAUUUGCAUCAGCUGAUAUUAUCCAAAGCUGACAGUAAUACAGUAAUGGAGGUUGUUGAUCAGGAAGUUUCUAUUACAUGCAUGGAUUUAACCCAUGUCAGGAAGACUUUCCAGCUUGCUCUGUUGUGCACAAAGCGGUAUCCUUCUGAAAGACCAACCAUGCAUGAAGUUUUGAGGGUUUUGGAUUCCCUUCUUCCAGCACCUCCUACAAAACCUUGUUCAGCUCCAACAAAGCGUGUCGACUGUACUAUGUUUUUAAUUGACAAAGGACAGCAGCACCCAACACCUAAGCACCAAGCUCAACACGAAAACUCUUCUGAUGCUUAGUGGUUUGUUUGGUUCUGAGAAGUUAAAUUUGGGAACACGCUUUAAUUUACUUAACCCUAACAAUAGGGGGGAGAAUCCCUAAUUAAUUUGGGCUGCAUGGCGGGUUUUGCUUUUUGACAUGGAUUUUGUGACGUGUGACUGACUAAUUUAUGAAAUUAGGAGCGAUUAGUACCAUCUAGGUUGGUCCUUUUGAAAACCUUCCAUGGACUUGGGAUUUAUGCUGUAUAAUCUUAACCUUAUUUAUGCAAACUAUAUAGUACUUUACUAAUUUGGUUAUAGCAACGAUAUGCGACUAGACAAGUUUCAAGGA